AUGGUUCUCUCAACUUCUCAACCAACUUGCGACAAAAAGAUAAUCGAGAAGGUUUUUCGGAUACUCUUGAUUGUCAACAUAAAAUUUCCUUCUCAUUUCGAUCAAACGGAAGUUGAACUAGUCGGAUUUAAACAGUCGGAACUCACUUUUUACAGUAAUCUGAAAAAAAUCGACAAUAUUUCAUCGAGUUUUGAUCAGGAAUCAAGAAUUUCGAUUCGAACAAUGAAUUACUCUGAAAACGGAACGAAUGCAAACCAACAUGAUUUGCUUCAAACAGACGAAAUUGUGAAGAAUUUGGAGACGAAUCUAAUUUUUGUGCCAUAUCCACUUUUCUCAAAAUGUAAACUUUGA